CUUACUUUUUUUAAACGACUUUUAGCUAACGCUAACGUAAUGGAAGAGAAAGCGCCGCGUCUUCCAGCAUCGCGUCGCCAUUCCCGCACAGAAUGGGCCACGGUUGAUGUCAGCUGAAGUAGUGAAAAUUCCGGGUUCUUCAACCCAGCUAUGGCGGAUUUGUGCUUCCCCUUGGCGGCGGGGGUCUUUGGAAGUGUUGCAUGAUCUAAGGGGCUGCCGCUGCUGCUCCACUAGCAUCUACUGUUUGUCAAAUCAAAGCUUUUUUGGGCCCGUUCUUCUUGGAUCACAUUUGCAAAUGUUUUGGGAAAUCUAUGGAUUGCUAUAGGAGUAUAUGGAGGCCGUGAGGAGCUCUUACGCGACGACCCUGCGCCAGUGUCGAGAUGCGGGGUCACUUCCGCAAGAUGUAUGGCAAGUGUGGGAGCAUUGCCGACGCAAAGUCCACAUUUGAUGCUAUGGAAAGAACAAAUGUUUUCUCGUGGAACAUCAUGAUCGCUGCGUAUGCCCAGAACGGGCAUUACAAGGAGGCCAUUGUUCUCUUCUGGGAGAUGCGUUGUCCACCCUCGAGGAUAACUUUCAUCAACGUCCUCACCGCUUGUGCCGGUCUGGGAGAUCUCGCGGAGCUGGAAGCCGUGCACCAGAGGAUCGUCGACUCGUGCUCGGAGAUGGCGCUGGAAACCGAGGUGGUGCUGGGCACCGCGCUCGUCAACACGUACUCCAAGUGUGGGAGCCUCGAGGCCGCGACGCGAGUGUUCCAGAGGAUGCGAGCUCGAGACGGCGUUUGCUUCAAUGCCAUGAUCGCGGCGGCAGCGCAGCACGGGGAUUUCUCUCUGGCGCUGGGAUUCUUCCGGAUGAUGCAGCUGGAAGGCGUCCGAGAGACCUCCGCCACCCUCCUUGGCUUUGCGGCCGUGUGCAUGGAUCUCGACGUCGCCAAGAACAUCCACGAGCGAGCUCGAGGCAUCGGUCUCGACACUGAUCUCGCCACCAUGAACUCGCUGAUAACCAUGUAUGGGAACUGUGGUAGCAGCGAGAGAUCCUGGGCGAUCUUCUCCUCCAUGGAUAUCAAGGAUGUGAUAUCGUGGAAUGCGAUGAUCGGGUCUUUCUCUCAGUGUGGGGAGUUCCAGCGAGCAAUGGAGCUCUCGCGGGCCAUGGAUCUCGAGGGCGUGAGAUUCGUGGACGUGACCUUCGUUCUCGUGCUGGGCGCUUGCGGGUUAAACGAUGAAUCGCCCAGAGACAGGGAGCUUCUCCAUGAUCGAGUGAUGGAUUCCGGCUACCAGGACAAUCCAGUCGUUGGAAGCGCGCUGCUAAGCAUGCAUGGGCGAUCUGGAGAGCUCGAUCGUGCCGUGGAGGUUUUCGAUCGUUUGCGUGAUCCAGGACUGGCGACCUACAAUGCGAUGCUCACGCAGUACGUCCAGCAUGGUCGGGCGAUGGAAGCGCUGGAUCUCUUCAAGAGGAUGAAACGCAGCGCGAUGAAGCCCAACAAGGUGACGCUGAUCAAUCUGGUGGAAGCGUGUAGCGAGCUCGAGAGCUUGGAAGAUGGUCGAGAAAUCCAUCGCUGGAUCGCAGCUCUCGAGCUAGAAAGCGAUCUCGUGGUUGGAACUCUUCUCGUGAACAUGUAUGGCAGCUGCGGCAGCACCGACGAUGCGCGAUCCAGCUUUGCGAAGAUCAAGCUCGUCGGAAGAACAGAGGAGGUGAGCGCGUGGAAUGCCAUGGCUGGAGCACUAGCACAGAACGAUUGCCCCCGGGAAGCCAUGGGAGUUCUCCCGAGGAUGGAUUGCCAAGGAGUGAGAGCUGACGAAGUGAGCUUCAUCAGCUUGCUGGGAGCUUGCGAGGAUCUACAAGCGGGCACCCAGCUCCACGAUCGAGCUGUGGCUUGUGGCUUCGAUCGCGAUAUCGUCGUGGCCACCGCGAUAGUUAGCAUGUACUCCAGAUUGGGCGCAGUGGAGAAAGCACUGGAAGUGUUCCAGGGGAUUCGAGAAAGAGAUCUUGUCGCCUGGAACGCCAUUGUUUCUGGAUUUGCCCAGCAAGGGCAUUUGGAGGAAUCGAUUAGGCUUGUGCGGUGCAUGGAGAUCGAGGGAAUGCGGCCCAACGAGACCGUGAUGGCUACGCUUGCCGGAUCGUGCCAGAGCUCCACUCACGCUUACAAACUCUACAGAUUCAUCUCUAGCUGCUACAUGGAAGAGAUGGAUUGCUACGAAUGGAUUGGAGUGGCGAUGAUCCAUAUGUUCGCCAAGGCCGGGUGCCUGAGCGAUGCUCGAGCCGUGUUUGAUUCCAUGGCGAAGAAGGGUGUGAGCCUCGCAGCGUGGAAUUCCAUGCUUGGAGCGUACGCCCAGACCGGGCAUGAUCGCCAUCGCCACAACCAAGCACUGCUGUUCUUCACGGAGAUGGCACAGCUGGGAGUGGAUCCCGACGGGACGACGUUUGUUUGCUUGCUCAAUUCCUUGACUCACUCGGGGCUCCUGGCUCGAUCUCGCGAUUGCUUCGUGGACAUGGUGGGCGAAUUCCAGAUCGCGGCCACCAGCGAGCACUAUGGCUGCGUGAUCGAUCUUCUCGGGCGGUGUGGGAGGCUCCGACAGGCAGAGGAGCUCAUGAACACCAUGCCAUUCGUGCCGGAUUCCAUGGAUUGGACGAGUUUGCUCAGUGCCUCCACAACCCACUCGGAUCGAGGCAUUGCUGAGCAAUCGGCCUCCAUAGCAGCAGCGCUAGAUCCUGCGAAUUCCGCCCCCUAUGUUCUUCUCUCCAAUGUGAUUCGACAUAGACGCUCCUAGGGUUCUAGAUUAAAAUAUCUUCUUCU